AUGUAUAAAAAACAACCACCCGAACUCAAUUUUACUAGCGGUAGACGUUUCGUGCCGUCGAGCACAAGUGGUAUGAUGCGUUUAAACAGCAAGCAUUAUAAUAAAGCCCUAGCUUUCACAAUUAAAGAGCGACAAUUAUUGGGCAUACACGGUCUCUUACCACCUCUGGUACGUACAGUUGAAGAGCAAGUACGCAUCUAUUAUACGCAAUUGCUUACCCUGAAGGAAGAUUUGGCGAAAUAUUUGUUUUUGCUUAAUCUGAGUGAAUACAAUGAGGUUUUAUUCUACAAACUAUUGGAAGCUUAUACGGAAAAAUGUUUACCGUACGUUUAUACACCAACUGUGGGACUUGCUUGCCAGAGAUACAGCUACAUUCACGAAUUUCCGCGCGGUCUAUAUAUUACUUUUAAAGACAAGGGACAUGUUUGUAAUGUAUUGCAAAACUGGCCGCAAUCAGAUGUACGUGUGAUUGUUGUCACCGAUGGUGGUCGUAUUUUGGGCUUAGGCGAUUUGGGGGCAAAUGGAAUGGGCAUACCCGUCGGCAAGAUUACGUUAUAUACGGCCUUCGGUAAAGUUCGUCCGCAUCAAUGUUUACCCAUUUGUUUGGAUGUGGGUUGCAAUACGGAUUCAGUCAGAGAGGAACCUUAUUAUAUGGGUUUGAAGCGUAAAAGACCACCAAUUGAUGAAUACGAUGAAUUUAUCGAUGAAUUUAUGCAAGCAGUAGUUAAACGUUUUGGCCAAAAUUGCUUAAUACAAUUUGAGGAUUUUGCUAAUAAUGAUGCUUUCCGCUUUUUGGAAAAAUACCGCCAUCAGUAUUGCAUGUUUAAUGAUGAUAUUCAGGGAACCGCUGCUGUCGGCCUGGCUGGAAUAAUUUCUGCAUUAAAAUGCAUUGGAACUGAUUUGAAAUCGCAAAGAAUUUUAUUUCAGGGCGCCGGAGAAGCUGCCAUUGGUUUAGCUCGCCUUUUGAUAAUUGCUUUCAGAAAGGCGGGCGUAAAACAAGACGAGGCGGUUAAAUGUAUCUUUUUGCGCGACAGCCAAGGCUUAGUUGUAACAGAGCGUUCGCUGGAUACUCUCAAUGGCAAUAAAUUGAUUUUCGCGAAAGAAAUGCCGCCUAUUUUUAAAUUGGAAGACUGCAUACGAGAAAUAAAACCAACUAUAUUGGUUGGAGCCUCUGCUCAGCCCGGCUCAUUUACUAAAGAAGCCCUUCGAUUGAUGACUUCAUAUAAUGCUGUGCCCAUAAUAUUUGCCCUAUCAAAUCCGACCGCAAAGUCGGAGUGUACAGCUUUUGAAGCAUAUACACACAGUAAAGGUAAAUGCUUAUUUGCUUCGGGUUCACCGUUUCCGCCAUUAGAGUUUGAAGGACGUACCCAUUAUACCAGUCAAGCAAACAAUGCCUACAUAUUUCCAGGUGUAGGUUUGGGCGUAACUGCAUGUUGCAUUCGACAUAUACCGCCUGAAAUAUUUUUAAUUGCUGCCCGCACUUUAGCCGACCUUUGCACGCCUGAGGAUUUGUUGCAAGGUCGUUUAUAUCCUCCUUUAAAUAAACUAUCUUGUUGCGCCUUCGAAAUCGCAAUUAGCGUUGUUACGUACGCUCACAUUAAGAAUUUAUCAACGGUAUUACCGAGGCCGACUAAUGUAAGAGCCUUUCUUAAGCAUCAGAUUUAUGAUGCGAAAUAUGAACCAGUCGUACCGCCUUGGUUGAAUCCAAAUGUAAAUCAAAAGGAAAAAGUACGAAACAACUGCAUCGAUUGCAUCGAUUGCCAAUAA